CUCCUCUUUUCGACUCAUCGCUAAAUGUACUUACCAUGUGCUGGUUGUCACUUUAGAUUGACGUGAUUUUUCCAUCCAACUCGCACCUUGAGAAUGCUUUUUCCGCAUUGAAGAAAUCGAGAUAUGCAAAGGGCGAAGUUUCGCUCGUGAAACUCGCCAGGCAAGCUGCACAACCUGGAGGCUUUGUGAAGACGUUGGGAUAUUCGAGGUAGAUGUCUCUGCUUCUCCUUUCAUUGAUGAUUGCUGAUACAGAUUUGGAGUGAUAUUUUAUUCCUCAGUAUGCCCGAUGAAGAUGUGUGGUGCAUCGACAAUCGAGGCGUACUGACCUUGUCGGUUUCUGGGGAUACAUAUCAAACACUAGGCCUCGUGGGGAAACGGGUGUCAUUUGGGAAAGGAAAGGCGAAGGAGGGGGACGGGAGGCACGUUAUUACUCUUCCGCUGCAACCCCAUACGGAAUCGGAAAAAAACAGGGAAAGGAGGAACAAUUCACUGAAGAGGUUGGAGGAGAGAAGACGGCGUCAACAAGCCUUGUCGAAAGAUGGUUCAGUGUGGAGAGUUCUGUGUUCGUCAGCCGAAGAAGAAAAGUUCUCAAAGUUCAUCGACGAACAAUUCAACGAAAGCGAAGUCAUUCUUAAGGAUAUAAAUUGCGAAACCUUUCACCAGGAAAACGUGAAGAUACCAAUAGUACAAAUAGUGGAGAGACCAAAGCCACAAUCUUUGGAGUUAGAUGGACAGUCCCGAAUGGAAGAUCAGAUGGAAGAUCAUGAAGAAUCGAUUGAGCAGCUACUCGAGUGGAUUGGGAUGGCUGGUCUGAAUUCACAGAGGUUACAAGCAAACGAUCGCGUCGAUCCUUUCGUCGCGGUAUAUGAAGCGCCAUCUCCCAAUACAAUUGGUGCUCUGACGCAUUUUAAGUGGACUGGCCUACUUUCACCUGCCUUCGUCCAAUCCGUGAUCGACUGCGUAAUGAAGCAACUCCAUUCUCAGGCCUCAGGUUCCAGGGAUCCCCAAUUCGUGUCUAUCGUUGGCCAUGCCUGCACUUGGAGUCCCGUGUGCUACAUACCACCAUCACUACUGGACUCGCCAGAAUGCACGCCCAUACGCGAUCCGAGCAAAGAUGAAGAGGAUACUUGGUGUUUGGUCGUUACCUCGGGUUCCAGUGCAAGGCAGAGAAGAGAAGAACCUGGAUGCUGGCUACUGGCAGAGAGUGCAGGAAAACAUGAUAAGCGAUGGGGCUGAACCUAGCUCGCGUAACUGUGGCGGUCUUUCUUGCGUCCUCAACGCCACAGUUCUUACUUCUCCUUAUAUAUGUAUGCAUUUGCCACAUACAGAAACACUUGGCCCCGUACGAUGAUUAUACGUAGCUAUAGGUGAGACCCGUGCAGUGAUUGAAUAUUGAAUGCUUUGAAUUCUAAUCGUACAAGC